AUGACAGCCGGUAUCACCUCAAAGUCCCUUUCCGAGCGGGAUGGCGGACCUAUUGAGACACCCCUCCGAGCUCCCUCCCCCAUCCACCAAUUCGGCACAUUAGCAGUGCAUGCGGGUGCGCACAUAGAUCCCACAACUGGUGCUGUAAUUGCGCCGAUCUCCCUUUCUACAACCUUUGCCCAAGUCGGUGUUGGUAAACCCUUAGGGCAGUACGAAUAUAUAAGAAGCGCAAACCCAAACAGAGACAACUUUGAGCAAGCCGUAGCGGCCCUCGAACACGCCCGAUAUUCCCUGGCCUUCUCCUCCGGCUCUGCAACCACGGCUGUCAUUCUCCAGUCCCUUGCCGCCGGAUCUCAUGUCAUAUCAGUCUCCGAUGUAUAUGGCGGAACCCAUCGAUACUUCACCAAGGUCGCCGCUGCCCACGGCGUGCAAGUCACAUUUUCCCCUAGCAUUGAGAUCGACGUUGCAGAUCUGAUCCGGCCCAACGACACCAAACUGAUCUGGAUCGAGACCCCAUCGAACCCAACACUUAGUCUUGUUGAUAUCAGAAAAGUAGCCACCGUAGCCCACCAGCACGGCAUCAAGGUCGUCGUCGACAAUACAUUCCUAAGCCCAUACAUCCAAAACCCCCUCGACCUCGGUGCGGACAUCGUCAUGCAUUCCGUCACCAAAUACAUCAACGGACACUCCGACGUCCUCAUGGGCGUUGCCGCCUUCAACUCCCCCUCACUUCACGAGCGCCUUUCCUUCCUCCAAAACGCCAUAGGCGCCGUCCCUUCCGCCUUCGACUGCUGGCUCGCCCACCGGGGUCUGAAAACUCUCCACCUGCGUGCCCGCGAAUCCUCCAAGAACGCCAAAGCAAUCGCCAUGGCCCUCGAAGCCUCCCCGCACGUCAUCGCCGUCAACUACCCGGGCAUUAAGUCGCACCCGCACCGCGAAAUCGCCCUCAAGCAGCACCGCGACGGCAUGGGCGGUGGCAUGCUCAGCUUUCGCAUCAAGGGUGGUGUGACGGCGGCUGAACGCUUCUGCCAGGAGACGAAGGUGUUUGUGCUUGCGGAGAGCUUGGGGGGUGUUGAGUCGCUGGUUGAAGUGCCGGGGAGCAUGACGCAUGCGGGCAUCCCGAGGGAGCAGAGGGAUGCGGCCGGGGUGUUUGACGAUUUGGUGAGGGUUAGUUGUGGGAUUGAGGAUAGUGCAGAUUUGUUGGAGGAUGUUAUGCAGGCGUUGGAGAAGGCGGUUGCUGCUGCGCAGAUUAAAUAA